UGUACAUGGGAGAUCUUCCUGGAGACGAAUCUUUUGCUGCAUCACUUCACGUAAGUAUGCUACAGAAAGUGGUUGGCAGAACUUUAGAGCUCCUAUGUUCUUACAUAAGGUGGAAUGAAUUCAAUAGUGAAGCAGAAAACCGUCUAUUGCACAGUUACAGCAACAGCUUCAAUGGAUUCUCUGCCAAACUUACAGAGGAGGAGCUGGAAGAGCUGUCAGGUAUGGAUAGAGUGGUGUCUGUGUUCCAAAGUCAAAAGCGAAAACUCCACACAACAAGAUCAUGGGACUACAUGGAUUUCCCUCUACAAGUCAAGAGAUCAAAGCUCGAGAGUGAUGUUAUAGUUGGAGUAAUUGACUCUGGGAUUUGGCCUGAAUCAGAAAGCUUCAGUGAUAAAGGAUUUGGUCCACCACCUUUCAAAUGGAAGGGCACUUGCCAAUCCUCUUCCAACUUCACUUGCAAUAAAAAAAUCAUAGGAGCAAGAUAUUACAGCAAGGAGAGACCAAUUCCCGAAAAAGAUAUUCCAUCUCCAAGGGACUCAAAUGGCCACGGGACACAUUGUGCAUCAACGGCAGCCGGAAAUAUUGUCAGCAAGGUGAGCUUGUUUGGCUUGGGCCUGGGGACGGCUCGAGGCGGGGUUCCCUCAGCUCGCAUAGCGGUUUACAAGACGUUAUGGAGUGAUGGUAGCUCUGAUACUGACCUUCUCGCAGCGUUUGAUGAUGCAAUCGCCGACGGUGUUGAUAUAUUAUCAAUUUCCCAAGGAAGCAAUUACGCUGAAGACUAUUUUUCGAAUUCUAUUGCUGUCGGAUCUUUCCAUGCCAUGAAGAAAGGAAUAUUGACAUCCGCUGCGGCCGGUAAUGAAGGUCCUCACCGUCAGACAAUCUCAAAUGUGGCGCCUUGGCUUGUCUCGGUGGCUUCGGGCACCACGGACCGCAAGUUCUUAACCCCGGUUAAGUUGGGAAACAGAGAAGUUUACACGGGAUUUUCAAUUAAUACUUUUGAGCUCAAUCACACGUAUCCUUUAAUAUAUGGAGGAGAUGCACCAAACAAAAUUAAGGGAUUUAAGGAGUCCAUUUCAAGAAACAUCGGUAGAUACCAUACCCUCCAGUGCGUUGUGGGGUAUGUUCUGCGAUAUCAAGGUUCUAAUGAAACUGCAUCCUCUUUUCCAAUUCCGGCAGCUUUGAUGCAACCGGGACAAAGUGUCCACAUGUUUGAUUACAUAAAGUCAACCAGGUGCCAAUUGCAAGUA